UUUUAUUUUAUUGUUUUCAACUUUCAACCCCUCUUUCUCCAAGAUUUCAGAAAUCCCCCUCUUUUCUCUCUUUACUCAUCCUCUUCUUGUGCUCAUGCCACCACAUGGUUUCUUCUUUUCUUUCUUCGACUCUUGAACUCCGUGUUGAUAUCUAGCUCUGUCUCUCUCUCCCAUCAGACAAAUGGCUGAAAUACCCACUUCAGAUAGAAGUUCGCUUGUUGUUUGCUUCGGGGAAAUGUUGAUUGAUUUUGUGCCAACAGUAGGCGGAGUUUCACUGGCUGAAGCACCUGCCUUCAAAAAAGCUCCCGGUGGUGCUCCUGCUAAUGUUGCUGUUUGUAUAGCAAGAUUGGGAGGUUCUUCAGCUUUUAUUGGAAAGGUAGGUGAGGAUGAAUUUGGGCACAUGUUGGCUGAUAUUUUGAAACAAAACAAGGUCAAUAAUUCUGGCAUGCGGUUUGAACCCAGUGCAAGGACUGCACUAACAUUUGUUACACUUAGGGCUGAUGGUGAGCGUGAAUUCUUGUUUUUCCGUAAUCCUAGUGCCGACAUGCUUCUUCGUGAAUCAGAACUUGAUGUAAACCUUAUUAAGCAGGCAAGGAUUUUCCACUAUGGUUCAAUUAGUUUGAUUGAAGAACCAUCUAGGUCAGCUCAUUUGGCUGCUUUAGCAAUUGCCAAAAAGUCUGGUUGCCUCCUCUCUUAUGAUCCGAAUUUGAGAUUGCUAUUAUGGCCAUCAGAAGAUGCUGCUCGGAAUGGCAUUAUGAGCAUAUGGGACCAAGCAGAUGUUAUAAAGAUAAGUGAGGAAGAAAUAUCAUUCUUGACUGGGGGUGAUGAUCCUAAUGAUGAUAAUGUGGUGCUGGAGAAGCUUUUUCAUCCUAACCUUAAGCUUUUGCUUGUAACUGAAGGGUCUAAGGGUUGCAGAUACUACACUAAGAAAUUGAAGGGUAGAGUUUGUGGCAUUAAAGUUAAACCAGUCGACACAACUGGUGCCGGUGAUGCAUUUGUUGGUGGGAUACUGACCAGUUUAGCUUCUGAUUUGAAUCUAUACAAGGAGUUGGAUGCAUACUUAGGACCAUUGCAGCCCAUUGUUGUUCCCAAUCCUCCAUUAAGCUUUAACGCAAGAAGUUUGUCCAAAAGCUUCCUAGUUUCAUCAGGAUCUGCAACAAUUCAAAUGCUUCCUAGUUUCUAUCAUCCUAGUUUCAUCAGGAUCUGUUUCUAUAGCUUCAUGGCUUUGCAGGAUGAGAAGCGGUUAAGAGAAGCUAUUCUUUUUGCAAAUGCUUGUGGUGCCCUCACAGUAACAGAGAAAGGAGCGAUUCCAGCCCUACCUACCAAAGAAGCAGUCCUGCAACUCUUAACUGGAGUUGCUGCAUGACAUAAAAAUUGUUGCAUUUUAUGUUGUUCCAUGUUUGUACCUAUUUCUGUUAAGCUAAAGCAAUUGGAUCUCCCUUGCUGGGGUAAUAGUGAAUUCUUCGUUUGUUUUCUCUUUACCGAUGUAUACCAUGUUUCGCUUUCUUUGUAUAUUAGCAAAAUAAUGCUGCGAAUUCCAUUAUUUCUGGCUUGGUUCUUUUUAGGCCUUGACAUAUAUACCCUGUUGUUGGUUUUGUUGAUGUGCUCAAGUAAAUUGAGACAAUGGACAUUUUGGGUA